UGUCUUUCUUCAAGAUUCCUCAGUUGUGUCCGUUCAAAGUAGAUGACGGUUUAGGUUGCAAAUAGCGAGUCUUAAAAGGAAUGAUUUUAACAAAUAUUUUUCUCAUACCGGCGGUAUUGUCUGUAGCGCUAGCUGCAACUUACGAUGUGCUUCCAAUUCCUAGAAAAGACGCACCACAUAAUGAUGCACUGAAAAAAAUUGUGAAUGGCCAGACGGCGGACCCUGGUCAAUUUCCGUGGCAAGUUUCGAUCCGCGCUACUCUGGGCCGCUCUGUAACCGUUUGCGGAGGGUCAUUAAUUGCACCACAGUGGAUUCUAACGGCAGCUCAUUGCGCCAAAGAUUACACAGCAUUCCAGAUAGGUUUGGGAUCUACGCUUCUCAAUGUGCCACGACUGACCAUGUCAACCGUUGUGAAAAUCAUCCAUCCGGAUUUUGACCCAAUCAGACUGGCCAAUGAUGUUGCAGUUAUCAAACUUCCAUCGCAAGUCCCAUACAGUAACGAAAUAUCACCUAUCCAGCUUCCGCCAUUGCACUACGUAGCCAAAUCGUUCCAAAAUAUCGUUGGCAUAGUCUCUGGAUUUGGACGGACGUCUGAUGCUAGCCAAUCCAUUUCAAGCCACUUGAAAUACGAAAAAAUGCGUCUGAUAUCGAACUCGGAAUGCUCUACCGUGUACGGAACAUCGGUCAUCAAAGACUCGACUUUAUGCGCCAUUGGAUUGGAACGGACCAACCAGAAUGUAUGCCAAGGUGAUUCAGGAGGCCCGUUGGUCAUCAACGAGAAUGGAUCCUACAUUCAAAUCGGUAUUGUGUCCUUUGUGUCGAACCGUGGUUGUAGCACAGGAGAUCCAUCUGGAUACAUUCGUACUGCCUCCUAUCUCAACUGGAUAAGCCAGCAGACAGGAAUACGUGUGCAGAAUUGAAGUCAUAUACACUAGUAUAUAGAAGAACACUUACGCUUAGAAAAUAUACAUCUUGGAAUAAAUUGUUCCUUAACCUUCCUUCUGAUAAAA